GUGCUACUAAUCCAACUACUCGUCUCUAGUCACUAGCUUUUAUUGCUAAACAUAUAUAACUAUACCACAGUCUGCCAUCAUGGGUCGAGAAGCAAUCCGGACGGCGAUGCACGUUGAUCGCAACAAGCCUGCGGCAGAGCAACCGGGCGUUCACAAUCGUUGGCAUCCGGACAUCCCCGCCGCUGCAACCAUCAAAAAUGGUGAAACAGUGAAAAUAGAAUGCCUGGACUGGACCGGUGGACAGAUCAAAAACAAUGACUCUGCGGACGACGUGCGAGACAUUGACCUGACUGGAGUUCACUAUUUAACCGGCCCAUUCCACAUUGAGACUGCCGAACCCGGCGACGUUCUCCUGGUAGAGAUCCAGGACAUCCAACCAUUCCAGAACCAGCCAUGGGGCUUUACUGGUGUGUUUUCAAAGAACAACGGAGGCGGUUUUCUAUCUGAAUUCUACCCGCAGGCUGCCAAGGCAAUAUGGGAUUUUGAGGGCAUUUUCUGCUCCUCGAGGCAUAUCCCUGGCGUUCGUUUUGCAGGAUUAAUCCACCCGGGCAUUCUUGGCUGUGCGCCUUCCGCCGAAAUUCUAGCCGAAUGGAACAGGCGAGAAUCAGAACUCGUCCAAGAGUAUGGCUCAGACACGGUUGCGAGGCUUCCUGAGCCUCGCAAUGCCCAUACAGGUUCAGCAGAGGGCGAGGUCCACGCACGGAUCUGCAGAGAAGGCGCAAGAACUAUCCCAGGCCGCCCUGAACAUGGCGGAAACUGCGACAUUAAAAAUCUCAGUCGUGGUUCCAAGGUCUAUCUCCCCGUGCACGUUCCCGGCGCCAAAUUCUCCGUCGGUGAUCUCCAUUUCUCUCAAGGUGAUGGUGAGAUCUCCUUCUGCGGCGCCAUCGAAAUGGCAGGAGUAAUCACGAUUAAAUUCAACGUGAUCAAAAACGGCAUGGAGCAGAUAGGCAUGAAAUCACCGCUCUUCCACCAGGGGCCUGUGGAGCCUCAAUUUGGACCCGGUCGGUAUCUCACAUUUGAGGGUUUCUCUGUUGAUCAUAACGGAAAGCAGCAUUACCUAGACGCGACGGUGGCAUAUCGGGAGACCUGUCGUCGGGUCAUUGAGUACCUAAGACGGUAUGGGUAUAACGAUUACCAAGUGUACCUUCUCUUGAGCUGCGCGCCGGUUCAGGGGCAUAUUGCCGGCCUGGUUGAUGUUCCGAACGCGUGUACAACGCUAGGCUUGCCGAUGGAUAUUUUCGAUUUCGAUAUCAGGCCGGAAGUGCCAGCCCAGAAAAGGAACAUGGGCAGCUGUGCAUUCGCAAGUGAUCAUAAAGCGUAAAGCACAGAGUGGCUAGCUGUAUUUGCUUUAUUUAUUCUUAUAAUUCUUUUUUUUUUUUAAAUGAUUGAUGUGGUUGAUCCAUGAUUUAUAUCGAGUCACUCGAGUUAAGAUUGUAAUUUGAGAUUUCUAUGCUUUCCGUUGCUUACGCUCUCUGAAAGCGGUCCAUUGGAGGAUAACGCAGAUUACCAUGUAAUUUCCGAGGCCAGAUUUAUAACACCUACUCCAUUCUACUCCGUGAAUAAUUGAGCGAACCGAGAAGCUCGGAUCGAGACCAUCUGCUCUAGAGUGCUAAUCCCGGGGAGAGACAAGAGUCACGGCAGAAGGUAUCCAUAAGAAAGAUUUUAGCAAUGGAGCCACAUUCAAGAGAAGAACUUCUUGACUGCAGCUCUCUGUUUGCGAUCCUGCUCUGCGAUGUGUUUCUUAACCCGAGCGAUUUCGUUAAUGAUGGCGGCAUCAUUAGGCGCGAGCUCCAACGCCUCUUGUAGAUCCUUAAUUGCCUCUUCCUCUUCUUUCAAUCCGCAGCUAGCGAUAGCACGUCGGUAGUGGGCUUUCGCCUUAUCAGCAUCCUUGGCGUCAGCAUCCUUCGCGGUGUUGAUAGCGUAGCCAGCCCAAGAACGACCGUCGGCGAAACGCUUGAGUUUGUUGGCAAGGAGCGCGGAAUUAGAAUUCAAUGUGAAUCUUAAUGCUGCAAUUUGUGAUGGAAGUUCUUUUGCGUCAGAAUCGGACGGCUCCGGAGCCUCGUUGAGAUAGCGGAUUCCCUUCUGAUACUUCUCUAGACCAAGCUCGACAUCACCGGCUUUGAAAGCCUUAUUUCCGAACUCCUUGAGAUCGACAGCAAUCUUGUAAUACUGAGCCAAGGAUAACUCUUCUGUGAUGUCUUCAGGGUAAUCCUCAUAUGUAUCACCAGUAGUGUCAACAGAACGCUGCGUGGCGUUCUUGUAGUCAUCCCCAGUAAGUUCGCCGCAAUCAGUAACUUUAACAUCCAUGAGAGGUUUGUCGUUUGGAUUGGUCUUUUGUGACUCAAUCUUGCGCACAAUGCUUCGGCCAUUGAUCACCUCUCCAAAUACAACAUGCUUUCCGUCAAGGUGGGGAGUUGGGACGGUGGUCACGAAAAACUGGCUGCCAUUGGUGCCGGGACCAGAGUUGGCCAUCGACAACAGGAACGGGCGGUCAUGUUUCAGGUCGAAAUUCUCGUC